AUGGGUAUUUUGGAUUUAGAAGGACAUUUGAUCUUUUAUAGGUCAUACCAUUUUAAUCAAGUAAAUGUUGGCAUUCACUUAUGCUGUAUUCCAAUUAUUUUAUUUUCUACCCUAGCAUUUCUUAGCCCUGUGAAUAUAUUGGGCAAAGAAUAUCCAUACGCUAAUUUAGGGUCAGCCUUGGCAUGGAGCUAUGGUAUAUAUUAUUCCUUCCUUGACUGGAAAUUAGGGAUACCAUCAAUGGCAUUGUUAGGUACAUUGGCAUAUGUGUUCAAAACGAUUUAUAUGAAUUUGAGUGAGGUAUCUGCUAUUACCCAAAAAGAGUUUGUACAAUAUGCAAUUGCUCUUCAUGUUCUCUCGUGGUUGGCGCAAUUUUAUGGACAUGGUGUUCAUGAAAAGAGAGCACCUGCAUUGUUAGAUAAUUUAUUGCAAGCAAUUGUAUUGGCACCAUUUUUUGUAUCGUUUGAAAUAGCUUUUUGGCUUGGCUAUAAACUAGACUUGAAAAAGAGAAUGGAUAACGGGGCAGGCAAAAAAAUCAUGGAAAUAAAACAAAAAGAAGCUGCGGCACAAAUGUUAACUAGUUAG